GGAAGACUGGACGUGGGUCUUCCUCUUACUUUUGUCCACCCUGGUCCAGGGCGAUGGCUCCGCCUGGGGAUCCGAGGCGUCUCUGCAGGCUGGUGCAGGAGGGCCAGCUGCGCGCCCUGCGGGAAGAGCUGGAGGUAGCUGGAGGUUGCUGGGAUCCAGAGAUGUUCCGAGGCAGCCAAGGGCCAGCUGGGGACACCCUUCUCCACUUCGCAUCACGCCACGGGCGCCAGGACAUCCUAGCGUACCUAGUGGAGGCUUGGAGUAUGGACAUCGAGGCCGCCAACCGAGACUACAAGCGGCCUCUGCACGAAGCUGCCUCAAUGGGCCACCGGGACUGCGUGCGCUACCUCCUGGGCCGAGGUGCAGUGGUGGACUCCUUGAAGAAGGCGGACUGGACUCCUCUGAUGAUGGCUUGCACAAGGAAGAACCUUGAGGUGAUCCAGGACCUUGUAGAACACGGUGCCAACCCACUCCUGAAGAACAAGGAUGGCUGGAACAGUUUCCACAUUGCCAGCAGGGAAGGCGACCCUGUGAUCCUCCGGUACUUGCUCACUGUCUGCCCAGACGUUUGGAAAACAGAGAGCAAAAUCAGAAGAACUCCUUUACACACUGCAGCAAUGCACGGCUGUUUCGAAGCAGUCCAGGAGCUUCUUGAGAGAUGUCACUAUGAACCAGACUGUAGAGACAACUGUGGCGUCACACCCUUCAUGGAUGCAAUUCAGUGCGGCCAUGUCAGCAUAGCCAAGCUGCUCCUUGAAAACCACGAGGCUUGCUCUUCAGCUACAGAUAGUCUGGGGGCCCAGGCUCUACACCGAGCAGCAGUCACUGGGCAGGAUGAAGCCAUCCGAUUCCUGGUGUGCGGUCUUGGCAUUGAUGUCGAUGUGAGAGCAAAGUCAAGCCAGCUCACAGCACUUCUUUAUGCAGCGAAGGAAGGACAGACGAGCACAGUUCAAACUCUGUUGUCCUUGGGUGCCGACAUCAACUCCACAGAUGAACGAAAUCGCUCAGCCCUGCAUCUGGCCUGUGCAGGUCAGCACGCGGCUUGCGCCAGGUUCCUCCGACAGUCAGGGCUGAAGGAUUCUGCAGACCUAACAGGCGCCUUGGCCCAGCAACUCACGAGGGGCGUGGCUAUCCUUCAGGACUUUGACCCCGGCGUGAAGUCAUAAGGAUGCUUGGAGACGGAGGCUGCGGAGUGCGUGGUCAUUCACGCCAUGCUUCUUCAGUUGCUGACGGAUCAAUGUGCUGCAGUAGCUGUUUGAAAUCCCCGCCUGGACUGCCACACAUUUAUGGAACUGUGCUGUGACUUGGCAUUUGUAAGUGAAAUAAACCUUUCUCCAGGGUU